AUGCCGGGGGGCGCCCACCUGUGGCUGUGCGCGGCCGUGCUGGGCUGCCUGGCGGCAGCGAAGCCCCUCCGGAGAGUUCUUGAAUGCCAUCCUGGUGGACAUCAGAUCCUGAAGAGCCCUUACCGAAGUGUUGAUUUUGAUUCAUCCCACCUCCAGCAGUCAGCUAUUCAGGAUUUAAUAUGCGACCAUUCUCUAGCACCGGGAUGGUAUCGCUUUAUGAUUUUUGAUAAGCCUGCUGAGAUGCCAACCAAGUGUGUGGAGAUGAAUCACUGUGGUACUCAAGCCCCUGUCUGGUUAUCUCUGAAGGAGUCAGAAUCCAUGCCUCAACCUGGUGAGAUCAAGCAGCUCACAGCCUGUGCAACAUGGAAAUUUUUCUUCAGCAUGUCCAAAGACUGCUGCCUUUUUCGAAUCCCUGUCAGUGUGAGGAACUGUGGAGAUUUCUUUGUUUACUUACUACAACCCACACAAGGAUGCAUGGGUUAUUGUGCAGAAGGUGAGGUGGCUCCUUCAACAUCUCCGUCUGUGUCACCACCACUACCAGCCAUUCCUGAGGUUGCAGCAGAGUUGAUCAAAGGAAGUAUUUACCUAAGGUGUACCUUUGGCAUUCCCUUUGCAAACAGCUCAGUUGGAUUCAUUGUGACUUGGUCAAGACUUUCUCCUGAAGGCAUCAAAGAAGAACUGAAACAUGAGAGAACAGUUCAUACAUUCUCACUCUUAGAGUUAAAUGGGAUAAACAUCAGACUUGGAGAAAGAGUUUACUGUAGCAGUUCUGCUUUCUUCAUGGAGAAGCCAAGCAUACAGAGCAGUCCAGUUGAGAGCAAGGAAUUUUUUGCUGGCAUUAAGAUACAUCCAGAAGUGUAUGAUAUAUCAGAAGAUGGCAAGGAAUACAGACUGUCAAUAGAAAGCAACAUCCCUGUUCCUUGUCCUGAAUUUAACCAGGUUGAAAGUGACUGCAGAAUAUCACUAAGAUUAAAUACUGUUGAUGAAGAUAAAGAACAACUAGGUUUAAACUUGGCUCUUUCUUCUUGUCAUGUGGAUCUUCUCCAGAAACCCUGCAGAAAUGGAAUCUGUAGUCAAGCAAUAAUUUAUUUCACUGCUGUGACAGACUUUAUACAGGACGGAGACAGAAUUACCAGAAUUGCAGUCGAACCAAUAUCCAGUGAGAACUUCCUGUGGAAUGGCUAUGUUCCAGAAAGCGCAAAGAUUAGAGUAAAGGAUCUACCAACUGCCUACUGCUACUCAUUUACUGACCCUCAUAUAAUUACGUUUGAUGGAAGACUCUAUGACAAUUUUAAAACAGGAACAUUUGUUCUCUAUAAGAGUACAGCUCGAGAUUUUGAAGUUCAUGUUCGCCAGUGGGAUUGUGGAAGUCUUCAAUAUCCAGCAUCCUGUAACUGUGGUUUUGUUGCCAAAGAAGGAAGUGAUAUAAUUGCAUAUGACAUGUGCAGUGGUCAGCUACAUGAGUCACAGCCACACUUAUCCAUAAUAAGUAGAGACACAACAGGAAGCAAUGUCAGAAUCACUGAAUCCUACCUAGGAAGAAAAGUAACAGUUUUGUUUUCUUCUGGAGCUUUCAUUCGUGCUGAUGUGAGUGAAUGGGGAAUGAGCAUAACACUUAGGGCACCCAGUUCAGAUUACAGAAAUACAAUGGGGCUCUGUGGCACCUUUGAUGGAAGUGCAGAGAAUGACUAUCAUACUGCCAAUGGGGUGGAAAUUCCAAACAAUUCUGAUGCUCUUUUUUCUUUUAUAAAGGAAUGGAGAAUUCCACCAGGAGGUAGCUUGUUUGACAAGACACCUUCUUCAUUACCAUCUUCUAGGAAAACAGACUUCUGUGACUGCACAUUUGAAGAUGUUGGGUUAGAUCCAUCAGUACAUAAAUUAAAGGCAGCUUCUAAAUUGGAACUUCCCCUGUCUUGUAAAGACAGUGAAAAUGGUAGAUUUCUUUCUUUGAUACCAGGACUGGAUGUCACUGCUGAGUAUCUUGGCCCUAUUGAUCUUGUCAAAGGCUUAAAGAAACAUUCAUCUGUACAUGAAAUGGAUUCCUCUACACUUCUGCAAAAGGAGAAUAAUCAAAACAAACUUCACAGAUUAUCAUUAGUAAAACCACACAUCUCUGCAGCCUCAAAAAUAAGUAUAGCAAAAGAAGGAACUUCAAGCUCAGACAUUAAAAGAAUUUCUGAUAGUUACAGUAAUCACAAGAGUCAAUCUGUUACAAGUAGAAGGAAGCGCCAAAGUUAUUACGAAUAUCAUCCAGUAUUUCUAUUCCAAAAUCUAAGCCAAACAGAUUUAGAGGCAUAUAGGUACUUUUUUCCGGAGGACCACACCACUGACAAAGACAAGAAAUUUCUUCCUUCGUGGCCCACACCUUCUGGCCUCACGGAGUCUAGUGCUCUGAGACUGUGCCAGCAGGCAAUAGCCAAUUCCAGUAUAGGACGAGCUUGCGGUGGCCUUCUUGGUAGGAGAAUGGAAGAUGCAAUCAGUAUCUGUGUUAAAGACUUGCUGUUGAAAGAUGACCUCAGAUGGGCAGAAGCUUCAUUAGCUCUUUUAGAGAAUGAAUGUGAGAAGAGAGUUUUAGAAGAAAGAAACUACAGCCAACAAGAACUUCAAGGGUUUGUUGAGAACCUGCUUAUUGCACUGAAGUGUCCCAGUCUGUGCAGUGGUAAUGGAGAAUGUACAGAAUGGGGUUGUGCAUGCUUUCAAGGCUAUGGUUCAUAUGACUGCAGUAUACUGUCUGACCAAGCUCCAGAAAUUACAGAGCUGGAAAAUGCUGGGCUAUGUGAUAUUCGUCAGUAUGACUGCACAUCAGUGAGGGUUUUUGGACAUGGCUUCAGAGAGUCGUCGAAUCUGAAGUGUGAAAUUAUCAGAUUGCAAUAUACUGAUAGCCAGUGGAUUCCUGGAGAACCUCUAAUUAUGUCAGCUGCCUUCCAAAAUGUCGGGACUGUUGACUGUGAGUUACCGAAUAAUGGCCCACAAUCUGAUGUCGUGGAUCUGGUUGAUGAUAAACCCAUUGCCUGGUGGAAAAUAAAGAUUUCUAAUGAUGGAUUAACUUACAGCAAUUCUAAAACAAUGAUAAUAUAUGAUGGAGCCUGUCAGAUAUGUGAACUACAGGAAUCUGGAUUAUGCGCACUAAAGGAGAAAACAUGCAACAUAGAUGGACUCUGUUAUGGUGAGGGUGACACGAAUCCAACCAGCCCUUGCUUACUCUGCAGACCUGACACAUCAAGGUUAACUUGGUCAGUUGUUGAAAACAACCAGCCUCCUGUGCUUGAAACUUUUCAGAGUAUGCUACAGACUUUUUAUGGAGAAGAUUUUGUGUAUCAGUUUUUGGCUUCAGAUCCAGAGGGCUCUGCUAUUCUUUUCACAUUGGAGUCUGGUCCUGAAGGUGCCAGUCUUUCCCCAUCAGGUCUCCUUUUGUGGAAAGCUUUGUCAAAGAAUCCCCAUAAAUUAACAUUUUCUUUGACAGAUGACUGCAAUGCGGAGACUAAGGUAGAAAUAGAGAUCAGGGUAAAUUCAUGUGAUUGCCUGAAUAAUGGUUCGUGUGUGACAAACAUUAAUUUCCCACCUGGAAGUGGGAGAUACCUUUGUGUGUGUGUGGCUGGAUUUGAAGGUGAUCUCUGUCAAGUGAAUACUGAUGACUGCAAACUUAACCAGUGUGGUACUGGCAAAUGUGUAGAUGGAAUAAACAGCUAUUACUGCGAAUGCCCACCUGAACUUCAAGGUAAACUACUACAUUAUAUAUUCACAGCUAGAUUUUUGUUUUCCUCUGGUGAAUAUGGUAAAACAAGAAUGAUAAGUUUGGUCACAGCAUGGCUCCUCCUAUGCUGGCAGAUAAAUGUAGUCCACAGAGCCCAUUCUCUUUUAGGACAUAUUAGGCUGAAAUGCCACUGUUUGUUUCUUUAUUCCUUUCACAGUUUUCUUAAUUGCCUUUCAGCAAUAUGUAGACAAACAUGUGGCAAAAAUAUGGAGUGUGUGGAACCCAAUAUUUGCAAAUGCAAGCCUGGUUAUGCUGGUUAUAACUGUCAGACAGCUCUAUGCAGACCUGAUUGUAAAAACCAUGGAAAAUGCAUUAAGCCUAAUGUCUGUGAAUGUCUACCAGGUUACAGCGGCUCCACUUGUGAAGAAGCACACUGUAAACCACCCUGUAAAAAUGGAGGCACAUGCUUGGCCAGAAAUCUCUGUACCUGCCCCUAUGGUUUUGUAGGACCAAGAUGUGAUACAAUGAUUUGCAACAGGCACUGUGAAAAUGGUGGUGAAUGUCUCACACCAGACAUCUGCCAGUGUAGAUCUGGAUGGUAUGGACCAACAUGCAGUACAGCGAUUUGUGACCCUGUAUGUCUCAAUGGUGGCUCCUGUACUAAGCCAGGUGUAUGCCUCUGUCCACAUGGAUUUUAUGGAACCCAGUGUCAGAAUGCCGUCUGCAGGCCGCCUUGCAAGAAUGGUGGCCACUGUAUGAGAAACAACAUUUGUACUUGUCCUGAUGGUUACACAGGCAGAAGAUGUGAAAAAAGUGUCUGUGAGCCAAGGUGCAUGAAUGGAGGAAGGUGUGUAGGGCCCAAUGUUUGCUCUUGUCCUUCAGGGUGGAGUGGAAAAAAAUGUAACACACCAGUCUGUCUUCAGGAAUGUAAGAAUGGUGGAGAGUGCAUUGGACCGAGUACGUGUCAUUGUCCUCCUCAGUGGGAAGGAGUCCAGUGCCAAACACCUGUGUGCAAUCAGAAGUGCUUGUUUGGAGGCAAGUGUGUGUCACCUAAUGUGUGCUCCUGCCGUCCUGGUUAUACUGGAGUCCUAUGUGGGAAGAAAGUUCAGGUAACUGCAGUGUCAAGAUACCAUUACAGAUGUGGCAAUUUGGAAGCCAUUAUUUAGUCCACCUGUCCAGAAAAGCAGCACCAAAUACACCAGGAGUGUUUUGUCUUAUUUCUUCAUUUCAGUCUCCAGUGACAGAAAGGUCCUAAAAGUCCUGACUUAUUCUAUUAUUUUAGUCAUUCCAGUACUU